AUGGGUCCCCAGGAGACUUUUGAGGUACUGUGUGAGGAGAUGGAGGCGACCACACAGAAGCACAUCCAGGGCCUGAGGCACAGCAAGGAGGAUCUGAACAGGCUUAACCAGGCCAUUCAGCAGCUGGCUGUGGAGCCCUGUGAACUAGAGAGAGCCAAGAACCUGGCAGCCCUGCAGGAGAAGGGCACCUCGGGUGGUGCGAAGGGCAAGCUGGCCUGGCUGGAGGCCUCGCUGCAGCGGGCCAAGAAGGACAUUGCGCAGCAGCUGCGCGAGUACCAAGAGCUCAUGAUGGUCAAGUUGGGCCUGGACUUGGAGAUUGCCACCUACCGCAGACUUCUGGAGAGUGAGGAGAGCCGGCUCCGCCUGGGAUUUGGGGCAGGGAGUGUGGCCCUGGGUAGCGCCGCAGCCAGCAGGCCGGGUUUGGCCUCUGGCCCUACCUGCCGGCUGGUGCCUCGAGUCGGCUCUGGUGCCCUGGACGCGAGCGCCCCCAGCGGCGGCGGCGCGCGCUGUGGCUGCCUGGGCUGUGUUGGCGGCUUCAGCUGCAGCGGCUGCCGUGGAUGCUGA